AUGAAUCAUACACGAUUACUAACACCACCACCAGUAAUAAAAUCUUUGUCAAAAUCUAAUACUGAAGAAGAUUUAGUUGAAAAAAAUAUUUCUAGAGUUCAUUUUCAAUCUACCUCUUUAACAAAUAUGGGUAGAGCAUUUACUCAUCCACUUAUUCAAGAUUGUAAUAUGCCACCAGAAGUAAGAAUGGAAGCUGUAUAUCUUGCAAUGGUAUCAUGUGAAAGAUAUAAAAAAGAUUAUAAAAAAAUUGCUAAAGAUCUACAUGUAAGAUUAAUGAAAAAAUUUGGUGGUGAAUGGAACAUUAUUGUUGGGGAAAAAUUUGGUCUCCAAAUUGCAUAUGACCCUAAAAGUCUAUUAUAUAUGUUUUGUGGUAUUGAUAUAGCUAUUUGUAUAUGGAAAUCAUUGUAA